GUAAUCUGUCAAUUUGGCAUUCUGUGACAUCAGUGCCUUUAUGGGUGCUAUAACAACAUCUCCAUGUUGGCUACUGACUAUAUAAGCUGCCAUGUUCAGCACCUACAGCAGGUUGGUAGGUGAACGAAUUCACCAUGUGGGCUCUCUUGUUUCUUUGCAGUGUGCUCAUCACACAUGGGCCUCAAGUUGCCCCACAAGAGACAGACGUGCCUGAAGGACCCUCAUGUCGUAACAACUGUGGCGGUUUCACGGGAAGCUGCUACUGCGAUCAAGAUUGUCAACAAAAUGGCGACUGUUGCCCUGACUAUAACUAUUACUGCUCACCAACCACAGUUACCCCGGAAACAACAACACCAUGGAUCACAGUUGCCCCAGAAGGAACAACAACUACAGCAUCCUCAUGUCGUCACAACUGUGGCGGUUUCACGGGAAGCUGCUACUGCGAUCAAGCUUGUCAACAAAAUGGCGACUGUUGCCCUGACUAUAGCUAUUACUGCUCACCAACCACAGUUGCCCCGGAAACAACAACAACUACAGUUGCCCCAGAAGUAACAACAACUACAGUUGCCCCAGAAGAGACAGAAGUGCCCCCAGGACACUCAUGUCGUAACAACUGUGGCGGUUUCACGGGAAGCUGCUACUGCGAUCAAGAUUGUCAACAAAAUGGCGACUGUUGCCCUGACUAUAACUAUUACUGCUCACCAACCACAGUUGCCCCGGAAACAACAACACCAUGGAUCACAGUUGCCCCAGAAGGAACAACAACUACAGCAUCCUCAUGUCGUCACAACUGUGGCGGUUUCACGGGAAGCUGCUACUGCGAUCAAGCUUGUCAACAAAAUGGCGACUGUUGCCCUGACUAUAGCUAUUACUGCUCACCAACCACAGUUGCCCCGGCAACAACAACACCAUGGACUACAGUUGCCCCACAAGUAACAACAACUACAGGUAUGUAAAUGUUUGUUUGAUCAAUUUCGUUAAAGCAAAACUGACAAAAUUAACUUAGUUACUGCACAAAGUCAUUAUGAAAGUAAUAAAGCUCUAACCCUAACCCUCAGGUCAUUAACACGUCUUGUUUGACCAAUGGUUUAAAAAAUACAAUCAUGAUGUUAAAUAAGUUACUGCACCAAGUCAGUAUGAAAGUAGUAAACCUCUAACCGUAACCCUCAGGUCAUUAACAGGUCUUGUUUGACCAAUGGUUUAAGAAGAACAAUCAUGAUGUUAAAUUAGUGAUUGCACCAUGUCAGAAUGAAAGUAAUGAAGCUCAGCCCUCAGACCUUUAACGCUGUGAUGAGAAGAGGAGUAAAGGAGUGAAAAACUGACAGAUUUGUCCUGAUUUUUCUUUCAGUUGCCCCAGAAGCAACAACAACUACAUGUAUGUAAAUGUUUGUUUGAUCAAUUUUUCAUAUCAAAAAUGAUGAUGUUAAAUCAGUUACUACACCAAGUCAGUAUGAAAAUAAUAAAACUCUAACCCUAACCCUCAGGUCUGUAACAGGUCUUGUUUGACCAAUGGUUUAACAAGAACAAUCAUGAUAUUAAAUUAGUUACUGCACCAUGUUAGUAUUAAAGGAAUGAAGCUCAGCCCUCAGACCUUUAACGCUGUGAUGUGAAGAGGAGUAAAGGAGUAAAAACUGACAGAUUUGUCCUGAUUUUUCUUUCAGUUGCCCCAGAAGCAACAACUACUACAUGUAUGUAAAUGUUUGUUUGAUCAAUUUCGUGAAAGCAAAAAUGGUCAUAUGAAAUUCGUAAUUGCACCUAGUCAGUAGAAAAGUAGUAAAGCUCAGCCCUCAGAUCUUUAACGCUGUGAUGAGCAGAGCAUGAGCGAAAACUUACAGUUUCAUCCUGGUUUUUCUUUCAGUUGCCCCGGAAACAACAACAACUACAG